AUGGCGACCCAACCGGUCAUUGCCGGAGGAACCGCCACAGGACAAACUGGAGCGUGCCCGGCGUGCAGUCGGCGAGCAGUGCAUGAAUUCGCGCGUGCCCGGCUACACCGGUUUCAUCCCAUCCGCCAAAGCAGAGGACAUUUACGGUCGGACGCAGGCCGCCGUCGGCGCGGGUGCGCGGGAGGAGCAGUGGCAGCUGGAGGAGAAGAAGGCGGCCCUGCAGCAAGCGUUGGCAGCCUCGCAGAAGCGGGCAAAGCCCUUCCCCGAGGAUCGGUUCUCCGAACCGGCACCAGACCCACAUCCUCUUGGCAAGGCCCGAGCCGAUGUGGUGCGCUCCUAUUGGGUUCCAACUAUCCCGGGCUACAGCGGUUUCAUGCCCAGCAAGCAUGCAGAAAACAUUCACGGUGGUGGCAUCAUCCACACGUGCAAGAUGGCUGGCAGGGCCAUUGCAGAGCGCGCCCCGCAGCCGGAGCACCUACCGGCCGUGACGCAGGACGACGAUCUCCCCCGUGCCCGCAUUGUAGAUCACUUCUAUGCAGAGCAGCAUGCAGACGACAGGCCUGA